GUCAAGGGGCGGGGCCGAGUUUCCGCAGCGGCGCCGCCGCCGCCGCCGCUUGUAAACAGAUCCCGCCCCACGUGACGCGGCGCGCGGAGUACCUGUGCGGGGGCACCGGGCACCGACCGCCGCGGCGGCGGGUCCGUGAGCAGGAGCGGCGGCGGGGCGAUUCCUCGGCGGCGGGCUCCGAGUGGGCAGGAGGUGAUAUCGCUCCGUCCUCCCUCCCCAUCCCCCGCCACCUCCCUGGCCGCUCCACUGGGCACUCAGCGCAUCCCCCGGCCUCGGCGCCUUCCCCGUCCCUCCGCCGCGAAGAUGGCCGGUGGUGGGCGGUGAGGCGGGGCUGACGGGAAGCCGUUAUCGGCCGGCGGGGCGGGCGGGGGGCGGCUGACGGGACGGGAGCGGGGUGUGUGUGUGUGUGAGUAGGGGGGGGGAGUCCGCGCAGCGCCAUGUCCGCCUUCGCCCUGGAGGAGACGCUGGAGGCCGACUGGGUGGCCGUCAGGCCUCACGCCUUCCAGGAGCGGGAGAAGCACAAGUUUGUCUUCAUCGUGGCCUGGAACGAGAUCGAGGGCAAGUUCGCCAUCACCUGCCACAACCGCACGGCCCAGCGCCAGCGCAGCGGCUCCCGGGAGCUGCGCCGCGGCGGCACCACCGCCCCCGAGGCCAGAACCGCCCCUAAGGCCGGCAGUCCCACGGCGCGCAGGGGCCCGGCCUGGGGCACCGAGUCCGGCCUGCCGCGGGGCUCCCCGCAUCCCCGCGCUGAAGCGCUGCCCAAGAGCCCGCUCUGCGCCAAGGGUAGCCCGGCUCGGAGGCCGCAGCGGGGCCCGGAGGCGGCAGGUGCCGCCGAAGAGAUAGAAGUGCUGGAGCUGGGGAAGGAGGAGGCCUCGCCGCUGCAGGCAGCCGAGCCGGCCGCUCCCGACGCGGAGCCCGCGGGGGAGGAGUGCAGCUGGGCCGGCCUCUUCUCCUUCCAGGACUUGCGAGCUGUGCACCAGCAGCUGUGCUCGGUGAACUCGGAGCUGGAGCCCUACCUGCCUGCCUUCCCCGAGGAGCCCUCGGGCAUGUGGACGGUGCUGUUCGGAGCCCCGGAGCUGUCCGAGCAGGAGAUGGAUGCCCUCUGCUACAAACUGCAAGUUUACUUGGUCCACAGCUUGGAUACCUGCGGCUGGAAGAUCCUUUCGCAGGUGCUCUUCACUGAGACUGACGACCCCGAGGAGUAUUACGAGAGCCUGAGUGAGCUGCGACAGAAGGGGUACGAGGAGGUGCUGCAGCGGGCCCGCAGGCGAAUCCAGGAGCUUCUGGAAAAACAUAAGAACACGGAAAGCAUGGUAGAGCUGCUUGAACUGUAUCAAAUGGAAGAUGAAGCUUACAGUAGUCUUGCAGAAGCUACCACAGAGCUCUACCAGUACUUACUACAGCCAUUCAGAGAUAUGAGGGAACUUGCGAUGCUUAGAAGACAGCAGAUAAAGAUCUCGAUAGAGAAUGACUACCUAGGCCCCAGAAGAAUUGAGAGUCUGCAAAAAGAAGAUGCUGAUUGGCAGCGGAAAGCCCAUAUGGCUGUGCUUUCUAUUCAAGAUCUUACAGUUAAAUACUUUGAAAUCACAGCUAAAACACAGAAAGCUGUGUACGAUCGAAUGCGAGCAGACCAGAAAAAAUUUGGUAAGGCAGCAUGGGCAGCAGCAGUGGAACGUAUGGAAAAACUUCAGUAUGCAGUUUCUAAGGAGACUUUGCAGUUGAUGCGUGCUAAAGAAAUCUGUUUGGAGCAGAAGAAACAUGCGCUGAAAGAGGAGAUGCAGAGCCUGAAAGGUGGUACAGAAGCCAUAGCCCAUUUGGACCAGUUAGAAGCUGAUUAUUAUGAUCUACAGCUUCAAUUAUAUGAAGUGCAGUUUGAGAUCUUGAAAUGUGAAGAGCUGCUGCUGACUGCACAACUUGAAAGCAUCAGAAGACUGAUGUCAGAGAAGAGAGAUGAAGUGGUAUAUUAUGACACUUUCGAAAGUAUGGAAGCUAUGCUUGAAAAGGAGGAUAUGACAACAUCUAUACACUUGCAAAAAGAGGAGCUGCAAAAGUUGCAACAAAAAAUCCGCCAGCUGGAAGCAAGGCGUGGACGUAUUUCAGCCAAGAAAGCCUACCUCAGAAAUAAGAAGGAGAUUUGUAUUGCAAAGCAUAAUGAAAAGAUCCAGCAGCGUCACCAGAGUGAGGAGGAAUACAAAACGCACCAUACUGUUCAGCUAAAGCGAGAUCAAUUACAAGAUGAAGAGGAAAGAAAGAGCUCCUGGGUUAGUCAGGAACGACAGAAAACACUGGACAGACUUCGCACGUUUAAACAGCGGUACCCUGGGCAAGUAAUACUUAAAUCAACCAGACUACGGCUGGCUCAUGCAAGAAGAAAAUGUGCAGCCAGCUUGGUGUCCUGUGUCGAUCUGCCUCAGUCUUUGCCAGCAACCAUAGGAAUCCAAGAGAAAAGUGAAGAGGUGGAAUUGGAAAAUGCGGUUCAGCCUUUGCAAGUGCAGGAAGCCACAAGCUUAGAACAACUUCAGGAUAUCUCGUUACCUCCCAAUGGUGUUACCUCUGAACUGCCUCAUGUUAGUAUUUCUCCGCUCACCAGUAAGGAGCUUCAACCAGAGAUUGUUACUGUAGUACCGCUUCCACCUCCUUUGCCUCCACCACCUCCGCCUCCGCCUCCACCUUUGCCCUCCAAGGAAGAUGCCACCAAAUCCUUAGAGAAAACCGACAGCUUUGUUAAACGUCAGAGUGAGGAGAAGGGAGUCCAGCACUCUUCUGGUGUCCCACCAGCACAUCUUUUUGACAGCAGUCAGCUAGUCAGUGCCAAGAAGAAGCUUAAGAAGACUGGUGAUCUAGAGGGUUUACAGCGGAGGAGAGUGAGUUCCCCAAUGGACGAAGUGCUGGCUUCCUUGAAACGUGGCAGCUUUCACUUAAGAAAAGUUGAGCAGAGAAGUCUCCCUCCUUUUCCUGAUGAAGAUGAUAGCAAUAACAUCUUGGCACAGAUCAGGAAAGGGGUGAAACUGAAGAAAGUGCAGAAAGAUGUUCUGAGAGAAUCCUUUACAAUUCUGCCUGAUACUGACCCUCUCACAAGGAGCAUCCAUGAAGCAUUGCGACGAAUUAAGGAAGCAUCACCUGAAUCAGAGGAUGAAGAGGAGAGUUUGCCUUGCACAGACUGGGAAAAUUAACCUGUGAUUCACAGCUACUGAUGUGAGAAAAGAAACCCCUGUUGAAGAUCACUUUUCCUCUUCAUUUCUGAAAAUUCAAAGCCAGCAGUUAUGACCAUCAAUUCCGCAGGCUUUCUUUGGCAAAGAAAUAGUCUUUCUUUGGCAAAUGAUUCAGUAUAUGAAAAAAUUGCCUGAAAUGUUAAUUUUUCGGGCCACUUUUUUUCUUAAAUUUGUUCAAAAAAAAUAUGGUUUGAGCAGAAAGCUGAACUGUUUAGAUGUGCAUUUUAUAUAAUCAAGAAUGCCCAAUUCUUAAGCACUUUUUAUAUUUGCGUUAGUAAUGUGUGGCCAGUUAAGUGAGAGGGGCAUUUUGAGUUGAGAGAAUACUUGCUGUUUGAGUUACUUUGGGAUUCGGCCAAGACAUCAAACCGGCUAUAAAACAUUCCCUUCACUGCACUGAAUAUAUCAUCUGCUUGAAAAUCCAACUAAAUAGCUCCUUGCAGAGAAGCUUGCUGUGUCGCAGUGUGAUAUUACAGAAAGAGCAGAAUUUCUAGUUGCACUGCAGUAGCUGAAAUUCAGUAACGUGCAACUAUGACUUUUUUUCUUCUUAGUUUGAAGAACUUUACAUCAGUAUGAAAAGUAACAAGUGACUACAGCACAAUGAGAAAUAAGAGCUGAAUUCAGUACGUAUUCAAUAAUGUGUUUGUUUCCAACAUGGUACAUUUAGCAAGACAUACUGCAGCACCUUUUUAGAAGGUCAUUUGUAGUCUGACACCUUUAUAGUAGACAUUUUCAUGCUUUUUUAAAAUAAUAUUUAGCUAUGCUGAACCAAGUUAGUUAUACUUUUAUCAUUUGUUAUAAGAAGCAAUAUUUUGUAAUUUCAUACUUAAGAUUAUUUUUCUCUUUUGGUUUAAAAUGGCUUUUGAUUAAGCAGCCUUCUUUAAAAAAGGUCAAAGCACUUAAACACACUGAUAAUUCAGUUGUGAAAAUCAUGCUUCUCUUGAUGGUUUUCAUUAUUCACUGUAGUGGCUGCAAAAAUGUUUGCAUUCCAUAACCAAAAUCUUACUGGCUGGAAAAAAAAGAAGUUUCCUUUUGAUCCUGACUGUUGUUUUGGUUUUUUUAAAGGGGAUUUACAACUUCCUCUGCAGUGAAUACUUAGAAGUAAUCCUAAACUUCAUGACUAAUGGCUGCAGGCAGCUACUCUUACGAUACCACAGUACUAAGAGGUAUGUCAGUACAGAGAUCCAAGUAGCCUUGUACCAUCCAGAAACUCCAUCUGAUAUGAAAGUCAGACCGUUACAAGAAGACUGAAUCUUCACUAGCAUUUUAUUUUUACUAGCGUGACAGACACGGUGUUUGAGAAAUACACAGUCCCUGUCCUUUGUGGACUGUGUUCCAUUCACUGUUCCUCUCGUGACAGACAAACUACUAUGCGUAUUUGGGUGUUUUUGAGUGGAGUUCUGCAUUGCUGCUGUCUUGUAAUGGAACACGUACUGUGUUCACAUUUGUAACAGGAGAUUGCACGUCUAGCCAUUUACUUACAGAAGGAGGAACAGGAGAAUUUACCUUAGCAAUAGGCUAGGUAACCUAAAGGAAUCUCAGCUCUUGGACUCUUCAGUUCUUUUGCUGUGACUGUCCUGAAAUUAAAGCUCUGUCAAACAUCUCAAAAGGAUGUCACUUUACCCUUGCUAUCAACAGGCAUUUUCUUAACCUUGUUGCCUUAUUUAUAAAGUUAGCAAACAUUCAUUUUCAAAGCACCUGUGAGCAGUGUUACUGUAGAGUUCUGUUGUUUUUGCUGUGUUAGUCGUCAGGUCUGUAUUCUUCUGUUCAGAGAUCAGCUGUAUGAAACACUUGAUACUCGCUUUCCAAGGACCUAAAAUGAGGGGAUGUUUUUUAUUUUAGCAGCUUCUCUGAACCCUGAGUUUACGUGGUGUGGUUGUAAACUGUCAAAUACUGUGUUCUUGCAGCAAUAACAGCAAUUUCAAAGCGUAAUCAUUUGACAUUGCCUGUACUGUGGUGUAUUUUUUCUCUACAUUUGUCUGUACUUCCAGUCACACCACAUGUUAAAACUGAGGUAGUCAUUAAAGUUUUGGCUGUAGCACAAAGCAGAACCAUGAUGUAGAAUGGUAAUCCAGAUUAUAUAGUUCAUCUGAAACUCAGUGCUAAAUUAACAGUGGUGAUUGAGCAUCUUUUAUGUCCAUUUUUUUCCUAUUUUCCAGCCUGUCGUUUUAUUCCUUAGAGUACGCAUAUAGGACACUAGCAAAAUUCCAAGCUGCGGAAAAGUAGUGAAAUUUUAAAGCAUAGGUGCAAUGGUCCUCUUGCACAAUAUUUGUGUCUACAGUUUACCACGUGUUGUGAUUUGUCGAAAUAGCUCCAUGCUGUACUGUAAUACAGUUCUCAGAUUCAUUUGCCACGUGAUCUGUCAUCUUUGCCUUGAAAAAUGUGUGCAUGAUUGAGAAAAAAUACUGUCCUUAAUGUGUUUUAUAUUUAUCUGAAAUCUUAGAUUCCUGUAAUAGCUUAGUUUAUAGAAGUGGAGUUCUCAUACCAACAUGUAUUUUAUGCGCACACAAAAAGUAGUUGUUAUGCUGAGCAUAGCAGUUUAUAUCAGUUCAAAAUUGCCAUCUUCCAUGUGGAAAUUAAAUGUCUUUUUUUCCACAUACUGCUAAAAAAAAAAACAAACCAGCCUGGAUUUUAAUCCUUCUUGAGUCACUAGAUGUCACAAUUUCACAUAAUUCUCCACUUUGAUAUAAAAAUUGUGCAUAUGUAGUGUACAGGCUAAUGCAUAAAAUUCCCAUCCUCUGUAACAUGAAAUUUCGCAGUGGGAUGGCUACAGCAGCAAAUGGGGAAAGUUUAAGUAUAUUCACAAGAAAGUUACGGAAAUUACGACAGUGCUACAAUGAGAUCGGUUCCUCCAUAGUUGGUCCUUGAGAAAUCUUGGCAAGCAUCACUACAGAAAAAAACACUUAAGCAUAUGCAGGGAAAAAGAGCCUCCAUAAAAAUACCUUUCUACCUAUUAUUGGUGUUUUUCAUUUGUGGCUGGACUUCAUUGUUGUGGCUGCGUUGUUCUGUUGCUACUCAUUUAUGUUAAGCAGUUUGUCAGCUUUUAGGCUUUUUCCAUUUUUAGAAACUUCUUUCUUUGUUCAAAUUAAAACUGUUUUAGUAUAGUGUAACUGAUUCAGUGAGGUAAAGAGUUGGAAUGCAUGAUGCUUAUUCUACAAAUGCUUAUGCAAGGACUGAAAAAUCUUUUAUGAGUGGGAAUGAGAAAUGAAAUACUCAAUUUCUACUAAAAUAACCAAAACGUAAGGUAAAUAACAAUAGUCUUUUGAUCAGAAAUGGAAUUUGCAUCAACGUGAAUUUCACACUGUCAUUCACAAGAGGUUCCAGAUCCUUUACGAAUGACCAAUAGUCUUAUUUUAUUCACUUUACUGUGUUCUCAUAUGUUAAUAAAAUUAUCUGUCUAGGGUAGAUGAAGGCUUUUUUAAUUUUAUUAAGCAUCACUUUUGUUUCCGUUUUUUUUUUUUUUUUUAAAAAAUCUGACAGUCUGCAUCCUACACCAGACACCUAUAAAAUAAAUUAGUAUGAUUAUAUAUUGUGUUCUUUUGUGGAUGCAUUGGGGAUAGGACUCAAGAUACUUCACUACAUUAUUUGUAAAGAAUCAUUUUGAGUAUAAACACUAUAUUCUGUAAUGUUUAAUAUUAAAGUAAUGACAGGUGCAUUAUUGAAGAUGCAACUUAAUGAGAAGAGGAGGCAGAAACUUUUAUUGGUUAAUGUUACCCUUAUUCCGUUUGUUGCACUGAAUUUCAAGAGUGUAAUUUGUAAAUGAGGUUUGCUCACGUGUGUAAUCAGAUUUUGUUUUCAUUGUAAUGCUUAUGUAAUUAAAUUACCUUAGUGUAUUUUGGGUAAUGAUUCCAUAAGCACGGACAAUACAUUACGUUUAGCACUACAGAAUUGAUGUUAAGAACAAGUGAAAGCUUCUUGCAGAGAAAAGGAGUGAAUAGAAGCACCUUACUGGGAGAGCACAUUGCAUGAUUUCAGUGCUACUGGAGCUGGCAGACAGUAGGUCAUCCUAAACUUGACUGCAGAUUGCUCUGUGGUGUAAUAAGCACAUUGACAUAUUGCUAUCAAUGCUGGAAAAAGUACAGCAAUGGCUAUUUUUAACCUAUAAAUAUACUGUAAUUUAAAAUUUUUUCCUACAAAAUGAAUUUAUAUUUAAUUGCUGCCUAAUACGUAAAUACUUAGAAUUUUUAGGAGGGUCAAGGGUGGGUGGGCGUGCCAAUGUAUUUUUGGGAGGGGCUGUUGUAUAUACGGUUCUCUGCACUUCCCGUUCAGUUUGACUGUUAAUCCAAAACUCCCAGCUCUGACUGUGGUGAAUCUGCAACCUGACAUUUAUGUAUUUUUAUUAUGAUUCAGGUAAUCAAUAUUCUGUGGCACAGAGCUUCAGAAUUUGACAGAAAAGGUCAUCUUUCCUUUCUCAAAUGUGAAUGCUCUCUCAUGGAAAAUGACCACGCAACGAAUUUUAUUCUGUGGAGUUUCUAAUAUUAAUGUAGAGUAUUACUUAAAGCUGAUAUCUGAGGCUAUUAACCAGUAGUGUGUGCAUUUGGAACAAGUAAAAAGGACGAUGCCCAUUUUGGUGAGUAUAGUCCAAACUCUGCAGAGAUUUUAUUCCAGAGACUGCCACCUAUUCAGUAAUUAGUUUGCCGCAGACCAGCUUGAUUUUCAGAUUCAGAAACAUAUUUUUGAUUUCUGAAUUGGGAAAUAGGUGUUGGGGAUUAGGGAUACUCACUUAACAUCUCCCAGUGUGUUACUGUGCUUGCUAUAUGUUUUGAAUUUCGACUUAAAUAUAUACAAAUACAUCAUGAUAAGAUGAAAGCUUAAGAAAUACAGAUGGAUGCAGGUUGUCUUGCAUGAAUGAAGCCAGUGAAGUUUAAUGAAACUAACUUCUUUGUUAAGCCUGUUGAAUAAAUAAGAAAUAAUCGAAAGAAAACCAGUUUGCUGUUGAUUAGCUUUGUGCAAUAUUAUCUGUAGACUCAAACACUACUAGCACAUUGUGCUUGGCUUUAAGAAAGUUCUUUAACUCCCAUUAUAUUCAAAAGGACAUAUUAAGUGCAUAUUUUAUUGUAAACGACUCUGCAAAUUUACUAUGCCUAAAAAUGCUCAAUGUUAUAAAGUAUUAAGCAACGAGCGUUUAAAAAAGAAGGUAAAAAACUAAACAAACAUUUCUAGCAAUAUCUAAAAACUAAAAAAAAGUUUUAACUGUCUGCUUUUUGCUCUUUUUUUCUUUAGUGCAGCUUUUCUGCAGUGCAAGUGUAUUGCUGUGUAUUUCAUGUUUUUUUAUUAUCAUGACUCAGAAAUUUAAACCUGUACACAAAGUACUGCACUCACCUUCUUGUACAUGCGAUGUAACAUCAUACUCACAGUUUUGGUGCUUUAAAUGAUUCCUUUUUUCUUUAUUAAAGGAUAUUUAUUUGA